CAAAAAAAAGAAGACAAGAUCUAGUUCUCAGUUUGUCUUAUCAACUCAAGAAGAAAUUAAAGAAGUUCAGCAAGCAUCAAGAAAUAAAAACACUGACAAAUCAAUGAAUAUUUGGAUAGAUCUAUUUAAUAGGUUUUACAAACUUCAUGAAUAUUCGAAUGAGAUUAAAGAACUUGACAAUAAAACACUAUCAGACCAGCUUGAGCAAUUUAUAGUUGAAAUUCAUAAGUCAAAUAGUCAAGAAUAUAAAGCUUCUUCGCUUUAUACUAGAUUUUGUGCAAUAGCACAAGAAAUAUCUGAAUCUGAUGAAGUUAAAUUAAUACUUAACUCACCUGCUACAUCAACUGAUACUCCUAGAGGUCUUUUACAAAAGGAAUUAGAUAAUAGUGGAAUGCAGCUUAAAUUACCUAAAGAAAAAAAUCAUGUCGGAGGAAUUAAAGAUCUAUAUACAGAAGCUGGCAUUAGUUUUAUACCACCUGAUGCUUUAGAGAACAUAUAUAUACCAGUGGCAGAUAUCAAAAAAUACUUAUCAAAACAUAUAGAUAAUACUGAAGAUGAUUAUUUUUUCGUCGGCAUUAAUACUAAAAAAAAUAUUUAUCAUAGUGAAUGGUACUUGCCAACUAAAUUAGGAAAAGGGUCACACAAUACAAUGAUGCAUACAAUAUAUAUUGCUGCAAAAUUAGAUUUAAAGGGUUAUACAAUUACAAAUCAUUCAAUGCGGUCAACAGGUAUUUAUAGUCUCAUGGAAUCUGAUGUGACGCUCAAUGAGCAAAUGAUUUUUUUACGACAUAAAACAAUCGCUGGAGUUUCUGCUUAUCAACAUCAAUCUGUAAAGCACAAAUUAGAUAAUGUUUCUAGGUUAAUUCCUAUUAAUGAAGCAGAACUAGGUUCUCAUUUGGUAGUAACUUCUACUCAUGAACUAGAAUCUCACUUGGUUUUGAAUGAUUCGACGUCUAUCAUAACAAUCAAGAAAUCUGAAACAUUCAAAGAUGACAAAUUGGAUAAUGAAGAAUUAAAAUUCCCAAAAAUUUCUGUUAAAAAUUGCAACAAUAUAAGUAUCAAUAUCACUUUCAAUACUGUUAAAGUAUCUAGCUUAGCAUAUGACAAUUUAAAGAAAAUAAAUGAUCUAGUUAAAGUAUCUAGCCCAGCAUAUGACAAUUUAAAGAAAAUAACUGACUUAGUUAAAGUAUCUG